UUUUAAGCCGUGUUCUUAAAAAAUUACUGUUUCCCAUUUUCCUUUUUCUAAGUUACAAUACGAUUGGAUGAAACUAUUCGCUUAAUGAAGAGCUCGAUUUAUUAUUAUGUAACUAUACGCGCUGCACUUUGUUAGCAAUUCGACUUAUAUUUGUAUUCUAUUCGUUAGAUCAUAUGGCAUGAGUGUGGUUGUACAGUUCUGUACAAGAAGCCGGUUAAAUUUUAAUUUAUAUUGAUAAAUCUUUAGAAAAGCAGAUAAAAAAUGGUCGAGGAACAACAGAAACGAGUUGAAGAGCACACUAGCAGGAUAGUAGAAGAAAUUGAUAGAUCAAUGAGAAAGAUGAAGGGUGAAGCGUACAGAUGUGCUGCGACUUGUUGUGAUAACGAAACUUUUAGCAUACAACGAGUACAGAACUGUGUACAAAACUGCAAUAGUUCCUUGGACGAAGCUCAAGAAUAUGCUAGAGAAGAACUGGAAAGGGUCCAAAAUCGAUUGCAGAGGUGCGUUAUGGAUUGUAAUGACAAAAUAAAAGAUGCAGCGGGACCAAAUCCAUCACAGCGUGAUAUGGAAAAAUAUAGUGAAAUAUUUGACCAGUGUGUAAAAAAAUGUGUGGAUCACUAUUGCGACACAUUGCCUAUUUUACAAAAAACAAUGAAAAAUCCCAAUGCGAAACAUAUAAGAGUACUGGUCAAGUUUGCCGGAACACCCAUUCGAAAAAUUCUAAAUAGAACUGCAUUUCUUGGUCCUAUCCUAAACUAUCGA